AUGGAUCAAUACGAUUGUUUAAAUAAAGCUCAAUUGAGCUUUGAAUAUUUGCAUACGAAUUCAACAACACAUACAUUCCUUUUUGGAGCAUUAGCCGAACUAAUUGAUAAUUCACGUGAUGCUGGCGCAAGAAAUCUUGAUAUUUAUACAUGUAAAGAUCCAUCUUUACGUGGAGGAUUUUAUUUGACUUUUUUGGAUGAUGGUUGUGGAAUGCAUUAUGACGAUGUAUUCAAUGUUAUUGUAUUUGGUAAAUCAGCUAAGCGUCAUGCUCCAGAUUCCAAUCAAAUUGGCCAAUAUGGUAAUGGUUUAAAAUCAGGCGCUAUGCGUAUUGCCAAUGAUUUCAUCUUAUUUACAAAAAAAGAUAACAUUGGUACAUGUCUAUUUCUUUCACGUUCCUUUCAUCAAGAAGAACAUAUUUCACAAGUUAUAUGUCCAAUGCCAUGUUUUGAUUUACGCACCCAACAGGCAAUUCAAAAUACGGAUUUUCAACAAUUAAACGGUACACGUACAUAUACAUUUGAUAAAGCUAAACAUGAACUUGAGAUGCAUUUAAUAAAAAAAUAUUCCCCAUUUAAAACAAUGGAUGAGCUAUUUAAACAAUUUAACUUAAUAACAACACCGACUGGAACAUUAAUUGUUUUGUAUAAUGUUAAAUUAACUGACACUGGCGAGUCGGAACUUAAUAUAAAAACAGAUCCAUAUGAUAUUUUAAUUGAUUCAAGAAAUCGUCAAAGUUUAUUCGAUGAUGAUGACAAUAUUCCUCUAGAAUAUCGUUCGCUUCGUGCUUAUGCUUGUAUACUUUAUUAUGAACCACGUAUGCGUAUAACGAUACAACGACGGCGCGUUAUAACAAAAAAAUUGCCUCAUACAUUAUAUAAACCUCGACAAUAUCAAUUUAAAUCUACACGUUUUAAAACACGUUCGGAACAAGAAAUAAAAAAAUGCGAAAAAGAACUUGAAUCAUUAGAAGAACGCAAACGUGAAGCCGACUCACAAGUUCAUCAUCUUCAACAAACGAUCGGCGUAACAACAUCACUUGAGGAACGUGCACGUUUACGAAAAUUACAAAUCAGCGCAGCUGAAUUAAAAGAUUUGACUAUUCGUUUACGUAAUGGACUUGCAAGAAAAAAAUCAGAAAUGAGUACAACAAAAACAUUAACGUUUAUUUAUGGUUUAAAUAUUCAAAAUCGUGCAGGUGAUGGAGUCUUUGUUUAUAACUGUGGUCGACUUAUUAAAAUGUAUGAAAAACUUGGACAACCAAAUAAAAAGACUGUAUAUUGUCGCGGUGUUGUUGGUAUUGUUGAUAUUCCAUCUAUUGUACUUGAACCCACACAUAACAAACAAUCUUUUGCUGAUGAAAAAGAAUAUCACUUUCUAUUGAAAAACAUGGGCGAAUAUAUGCGGCAAUAUUGGUCUGAUGCUGGAAUUGAAAAUUAUGUUAAAGAAUUUUGGGAAACUUAUGGCUACCGAGAUGAUCAACUCGAUCGACCACCAUCAAAUGAACUUGAAGUCGUUAAACGACGUCAAGCAGCUGUACCAAUGCUUAUUCAAUGUGAUAAAUGUUUGAAAUGGCGUCGUUUGCCUUAUACUAGCAAUGCUGCACCAUUAACACAAGCACAACUCGAAGCAUGGCGAUGUUCAGAUAAUGUUGAUGUUAUGAAUAAUAGUUGCUCGACAAGUGAAAAACUUGAAUCUAUACCUGAAGGUGAAUUAAAACAAAAACCGGAAACAACAAAUAAUCAAAAUCGAGCAUUAUCAAAAGUAGCCUCCUCCCCACCGACGUCAUCUUCAGCAACAGCAGCAUCCUUAACAACUCGAUCAACAGGAGUCAAUAAACGAAUUUCUAAUGGAGAAAUUUCUUCAACUACAGCUGUUGCUAAUUCAAAAGCAAGAUCUUCACGUGCAAAUGUUGCUCCAGCACCAGUCACUCCUCAAAAACGAUCUAUACCACAAUCACGUUCAUCAUCAGCAAAAACCAAAACAAAGAAAAAACGAAAAUCAACUGCUUCACAAAAAUCCAAAACAAAAAGUCCUGUUAAUAAACGCAAUAAUAAUGAUGAUGAUGAUGAUAAAGAAGAAGAAGAAGAAGAAGACGAGCAAGAUGAUGACGAAGAAGAGAAGCAGCAGCAGAAAGAAGACGAAGAAGAAGAAGAAGAGGAGGAGGAGGAGGAGGAGGAGGAGGAAUCACCACCAUCACCAAUAAACAAAAAAAGAACACGAGGUCAAACAUCAACAAAGUCUUCAACACCUGCUCAAAAAACACCACCACCAACACCUACUCGAUCUUCGCGUUCAUCAGCAAGAAAUCAACAACAAACAACGGCAGUAGAUUCAGUAACAUCAACGAAUAAUGUAAAUUCAAUAGAUGAUGAUAACAAUAAUGAAACUACGAAUACUACUAGUACUAAUACGAAUGCCAAUGGUCGUCGCCUUCCACCGCCGACUAUUGGUGCACGUGUAUCGACUAUGUAUCAAGGUGCUUUUCGUGCUGCAACAGUUUUAAGUGUAAAUGAUAAACGCAGUAUAUUUAAAGUGCGCUUUGAUGAAUUUCCAUCACCUGAAUUCGAUUAUUCAUUCAGUUAUAAAUCUACUGCUUGGUCUUAUCUUGCUGCUCCUCCACUUGCAUCAGCAUCAGCAUCAUCAUCGGUCAUAACUACUGAAGCAACGAAACAUGAUAGUGAACCUUUAUUAAGUAUUGUACGAAAAUUUAAAUCAUUAAUCAAAUUUAUGCUACCACCAGAUUGGGAGUUAACACGUGAACAAAUAACAUCAAUGACUUAUGAUGAACUUUCUCGAUUUGAUGUUGAAUUAUUCAUGCAAUCAUAUCGAGAAAAAAUGACUCAAAUUGUUGAACAACGUAAAACUGAUGAAGCUCGUUGGCGUGCUUCAGCACAACGUAUACAAACUGAAGUAACUGAAUUACUUAAUGUAACCGGAAUGCCAAUUCCGGUUGAUUGUACGAUGGAUGAUUUUGAGCGUCGCCUUCAAAACUAUAUCAAACAAGCUGAAAAAUCAAAGAGAUAG